AUGUCUGCCGAAGGAGCCGAGAUCCAGGAGGCGCAGGUCCCUCCCCAGGAUCCUCAGGUCCCCCAGGAAGGUCAGGAGGGCCAGAAAGUAGUCGACGAUGAGGUAGGAUCCGGCACUGGGCUAUUCGCGAAGAGCUCUGACGCACAUGCGGGAGCUGAUUCUUCUGUGGCUACCACCAUUAUCCCCUUGCAAAAUGGCAUAGCUAACAUUUUUCCUGAACAGGAGGAGAUUGCCGCCAUGAAGGCCCGGGUCGCCGAGAUGGAGAACGAAGCUUCCAAGCUGAAGGAGAUGCAGCAGACGCUCGAUGCGGAGACUGAGGGCCUGCAGGAGAACAAGGAAGACAUUGAUGCUCGCAGUGUCUUCGUCGGCAAUGUCGACUACGGCGCUUCACCGGAAGAGAUCCAGGCGCAUUUCCAGAGCUGCGGCUCCAUCAACCGUGUUACGAUCCUGCUUGACAAGUUCACCGGCUCGCCGAAGGGCUAUGCCUACGUCGAAUUUUCCGAGCCGAGUCUCGUCGCCAACGCCCUUGUCCUGAAUGAAAGUGUCUUCCGCGGCCGCAACCUGAAAGUUACCCCCAAGCGAACCAACCUGCCCGGCAUGACCCGUGGACGCGGUCGAGGCGGAUACCGCGGUGGUCGUGGCCGUGGUGGUUUCCGCGGUAGCUACCGUGGUGGAUAUCGAGGUCGUGGCCGUGGUUAUGCUCCUUACUAG